AUCUUUCGUGCAUUGUUAUUUCAUGCAGUCAGCCUUCCCCUAGUUCAUUCCCCAGGUCCCACUCUCUCAACUCUUUAGAGCGGGAUAAAUCCUUAAUCCCUAAGACGCCAAACCUUGUCAUUAUCAAUAACAGACUGGUGGUCUCCUAUCUACCGGUACCGACUCAUGUCUACCGGUCUGCGAGCCAUUUAUUAGUAUUGAAGAAAGAAAACUUACUGGAAACAAAACUUCCCGCAUUUCCUAAUAUAGUAGCAUACGUAGGUAUUAGGUAUCUAUCCUGACUCGGAACUGCAUCUGGAACAAUUUUACAGACAUUAGAUUAUCAAACGCUUGACCCUCUUUAUUUUGUUAUCGAGAAAGCUUGAGUAGCACGGGCAGCUUUGGUCCCUUUCGCAUCAUCUUUUACCUUUUUCACCUGCAUCCAUUUGUUGGCAGCACAUGCGACUAACAUAGCCUGAUUUCUCAAAUUACUAAUUAACUCUGUCAUUUCUUCAUUCGGAUCAUGUCGAAGUUCGGCACAACUUGAGCUGCAAGAACAGGUUUGACGACUUACUUCCCUGCGGACUUUGCGGAAUAUCCACUGGUUCCGCCCUAUCAAACACGGACAGAGGCCCGAACCGUUGUGUUGAGAAUCGAAACACUCUUUCAACGUGAAAUGUCAUCAGCCUCCAAUACACAUCCCGAGGAGUUUUUCAACGAUCUUUCACAACCAACAGGCAACGGAAGACCAAACAGCCUUCUGAGGGGCACGGGUGACAUGGCAGGAAGAAUUGACGGAAAUGAAGGGGAUUCGGUGAUUCAAAGGCCAAAGAAAAUCGCAUGCAUUAUAUGCCGAAAAAGAAAACUUAAAUGUGAUGGCUCGAAGCCAAGCUGUUCAACAUGUACGAGAUUGGGACAUGAUUGUGCUUAUGAUCCGGUGCGGAGAAAGUCUGGCCCAAAACGUGGCUACGUGAAAGCAUUGGAGGAGCGAUUAAGUAAGUCUUUAGGCAUCUAGGUCCGGGGUGUCUAGAACGUGUGAUGCAUACAGUAUCUCUUGGAGCUACGCUAACUUUCCAUGCUAUCAGAACAAGUCGAGACCAUGCUCAAAUCACAAGAACCUAAUACUACGAAUUGCAGCCAAGGCACAAGCAAUGCUAGCGGGGAAAGCUUACGGACCGUCCCGGUCGCAGAAUUCAACGCUUCUGGCCCGUCUGUCAGAGCAGAUGGUGAACGGUGGCGCUAUGAAAGUGAUUCUGAACCACCGCUGAGUGGAAUGGGAUUCGCGGAUACUGUGGAUGUUGGAAUGGGGUCAGAGGAUUUUCCGUGGGAAAUGAUUGGGCUUGGAAUUGAGGAGCCGUUACCCCUCCAAAAUGCAGUGGAUGAGUUGUAUGUUUGUCUAGAGGUCAUCUUACACAUGAGCUUAUAUUGUUCAGGCACCAAAUCUACUUCGAUAAUGUUCACCGUUGCAUUCCAAUAAUUCACAGGUACCGGUACCUUGCUGCAAUGAAUCUGUGAGCAAUCCUCGCCUCAAGGCCUAGUUGUAUGUCGAUCUAACAAUUGUUCCAUAGUCCACCAAAUCAACGACCCCCCGUUUCAUUGCGAUAUGCAAUGUGGACGCUUGCAGCUUCUAUUUCCGAGAAAUACGGUGAUCUCAAGGAUCACUUCUACCAGCGCGCUCGAAAAUAUCUCGAGAUAGAUGCACUAAAAGGAUUUGGAGAAAGCAUAAUUUCUGUCUCACAUGCACAAGCAUACAUUCUCAUAGCUUCUUACGAGUUCAAAAUGAUGUAUCUCCCUCGAGCUUGGAUGAGCACUGGAUCUGCCAUCAGACUAUGUCAAAUGUUAGUGAUUCCUCCGUGUGAGAGGCUGCCCGCUAAUCAGCCUAAAGGAUGGGUUUACAUAGACUUGAUAAGCCAGGUCUAGAGGUAAAACAAUGUCUUCAACCACCACGUGAUUGGACAGAGAAGGAGGAGAGGCGGAGAACUUUCUGGAUGGCCUUUUGUGAAGAUCGAUACGCUAGUAUCGGAACUGGCUGGCCUAUGGUGAUUGAUGAAAAUGACAUUGCAUCAGACCUACCAUCCUCUGACGAGGCUUUCGAGAUGAGCAGACCAGAACCCUCUCAAACUCUUACGGAAGCAAUGAGUCCUCAAGGCGCUUCUAAGCUAUCGCCUUUCGCUGGGAUUGUAUUGAUGGCUUCACUCUUCGGUCGAAACAUCUUACAUCUACAUCGUUCCGAUGUGGAUGAUCGGGACAAUGACUUGAAUGGAGAGUUCUGGAAGCGACACCGGAGUAUGGAUAAUAUUCUCUUGAACACUUCGCUCUGUUUACCUUUCCACCUUAGACUACCUCACGGAAUGGCCAAUCCUAAUAUUGUGUUUUUGAACAUGAGUAUUCAUGCUUCUGUUAUCUGCCUACAUCAAGCGGCAAUAUUCAAGGCUGAAAAACAUCGGUUACCUGAUUCUGUCGUCCUUGAGAGCAAAGCCAGAGCCAUUAACGCGGCAAACGAGAUUACAAAUACCAUGCGUACGAUCUCGCAUAUGGAUUUAUCAACUGUAGGUAGACCACACAAAGAUACAUCCAAUUCGGCUAACACAUUGAUAGAUGAAUCCAUUCCUGUCCUUCUGUCUCGUGGUGGCAGCACGUGUUUUCGUUCAGUACCUGGCGGAUGUACCAAAAGAUGCACAGGUUCUUGACUCUCUAAGGUUUCUCCUAUAUGCCAUGAAUGCUUUUAAGAAAAAGAGUCCUUUGACCGAGUCUUUUCUAGUACAAAUAGACGUUGAUUUAGAGAGCAGGGGUAUGCGCCACAACAAGAAGUUUAAAGAUGCUCCUUGGAACGAGGAUUUGGUACGUUAAUUGAUUGUCUUUUGUCAUUCGUAAAGCUAAUGUACAUAGAUGGGAUCUAGAGAGAUUGUGGUCAGAGCUUGUCCAACUCCCGGAGGUGGAAAGUUUCCCCCUGGGUGUAACUUUAUGAUGCGGAUCCCAAAGGAUGGAGGUGGGAAUGCGUCCCAAGUGGAAAUCGAUAGUCAGACUGGUUCCCAAGAAGGAUUGGGCAGUAUUCGGGCCGACGCCGAACAAGCAGGUGGGAGAACAACGUCAAGCUCUGGAAGGACUCCGCUCCCACAUAAUUUCGACAUUGAAAAAAACAACUGGCGUCCGUCAAACGAACACGCACGAGCUCGAGAUUUAGGACGAGGCGUAUCUACUGGCCAAAACAGAGAUCCGAACAGUAAUCCCAACAGCAUUGGAAACGUCAGUGCUACCACAGAAACCAGUAUAUCACCCAACGCCUACAAUGCCUCUAACCAUUCGACGCCAAACUCCUCAUCUGGUUCUAAAUCAUCUACUCUUCCAUAUGCUCAAAAUGGCACCAAUAGUAGUCCAGCCCCAAAUUCAAAUGGUAGCAUGAACGCUUUUUUCUCGACUAAUCCUAGUUAUAAUAAUACCCCAGUGGGGACAGCUAUGACACCAAAUACGUUUAGUAUGCCGGAGAAUCAAGGGAGAACAUAUACGAUGCCGGGAUGGACAGGUCCACAGGCAACGACGGGGACGGGGUUGACGCCAGUAGGAGAGGGGCUUUUUAGACAUAUGAUGGGUUUGGGACCUGCUGGAGACCUUGAUUCGAUGGAUAUCUGGGAGGGGGCAUAGUUAAGUUAGGAUUUGGUUCAUGGUUAAGCGAUGGGUUUUGGAGUAAAAACCUGGUGUUGGGGGUACUUUUGACUAUUUGGUCGGUUGGUUGGUUGGUUGGGAUAUACUACGAUAUGAUAUGGUGUGAUGUGAUAUGAUGUGAUAUAUUACUUUGAUCGCACGCGGAUACAAAUAUGAUACAAUACAGGAGGAAAUUUUCCGGAAAGGGAAAGAAACACCACUCUCGGUUUAUAUAUUCGCUUUAGCGUCGGUGUUGGAAUCAUGUUUGGGAAUUUUGGAGAUGGAGAUGCGCGGAAAAUGAAUGGAUUUAUUUGUGUAUGAUGUUAUAUUAAAUUGUCGGUCGAGGUAGAAUGAUUUUGGGUUUUGGGUUUGGAGUCUGGGUUUGGGUUUAAAGGGAGGUGUGAUGCGGUUCUUGGUUAGAGGCUGGAUUUAUAUAUGUAUGUAUGUAUGUAAACUGUAUAUUAGAUGAUUGAUUGAUUGGUUCUGGUGGUUGUGAUGGUUGGUGGUUGGGAUGUGUAGAUUUAUACUAUAGUAUUUUGGUUCGAAAUUUUAGAAGGUUUUGGAACCUUUU